AUGUUGGCUGAAAUAAAUGUUUUGCGUUCAAACAAUGUAUCAAAGCUUAGCAUAAAAAAGUUGCCACAAAUUUCAGUUAUAGACAACGAAAACAGUUGUGAAUUGUCUGAUAAACAGUUGUGUACGUCAAGUGGAUCACGAACAUCGCUUCCUUUAUCAAAAUUUAACUCAACAUUAUUACAACCCUCACCGUCAUUACAACCAUUUAUUGUUACUUCACCUCCACCACCACCACUUCCAUCACAAUCAACAAUUUGUAAUAAAUCAUCUCCACCGCUAUUACCAGUAUCAAUUCCAUUACCACCGCCACCUCCACCUCCACCUCAACCAUUACCAAUCCCAAUUCCAUUACCACCACCACUUCCCCUAAUGAGACCUGAGACCGCACCUAGUUUAUUAAAAAAGGUCAAAAUGAAGACGAUAAAUUGGACUAAAGUUAAAAGAUUUGUCUUUAUUUUAGUGGUCUCAGAAGUUUUGAACAGAGAUAAUAAAAAAGCUCGACGUUCAAACAAUGUAUCAAAGCUUAGCAUAAAAAAGUUGCCACAAAUUUCAGUUAUAGACAACGAAAACAGUUGUGAAUUGUCUGAUAAACAGUUGUGUACGUCAAGUGGAUCACGAACAUCGCUUCCUUUAUCAAAAUUUAACUCAACAUUAUUACAACCCUCACCGUCAUUACAACCAUUUAUUGUUACUUCACCUCCACCACCACCACUUCCAUCACAAUCAACAAUUUGUAAUAAAUCAUCUCCACCGCUAUUACCAGUAUCAAUUCCAUUACCACCGCCACCUCCACCUCCACCUCAACCAUUACCAAUCCCAAUUCCAUUACCACCACCACUUCCCCUAAUGAGACCUGAGACCGCACCCAGUUUAUUAAAAAAGGUCAAAAUGAAGACGAUAAAUUGGACUAAAGUUAAAAGUAACAACCUAGAGAACUCUUUUUGGUCAACACUGGAUCCCGUUGAUUGUGCUAUUGAUUCUAAUAAUAUUAUUGAAUUAUUUGGUGAAAAACAGCGACCCCAGACAACUCCCUCGACUAAUAAGAAUAAUACUCUUAAGCCUUCUUCAGAGCCAAUUGUAUUUCUAAAGAAUUUCGAAGAUGGUAAUGUAAUUUCUGUCGACAAAUUAGAAAUAGUCAAAAGAAUAUUACCCAUUAAUGACGAUGUAAAAUUGAUAAAAAAAUACGGAGGAGAUAGAACAGUUCUUGGAAUAGCAGAAAAAUUUUGUCUGAUGCUUAGUGAAAUACCAUACUAUGAAUUAAAAAUAGACUUAAUGGUUUUAGAAGAAGAAUGGCCUUUAAUGUAUUCAAAAGUCCUUGAUAAUUUAAAAGGUUAUCAAGAAAUAUGCUGUUUUUUGGUUGCCGAACAUUCGUUAACUCAAUUUUUUUCCAUCAUAUUACUUUUGGGAAAUAAAUUAAACGCAGAAAUUUCGUUUGUAAAAUAA